AUGGCAGCCCUGGCAGCUGGAGUAUCCAAGCAACGUGCAGCUGCUGAGGGUCUUGGCUCUAACCAGAAUGCUGUGAAGUAUUUGGGCCAAGACUUUGAGACCCUGAGAAAACAAUGCUUGAACUCAGGGGUCCUAUUUAAAGAUCCAGAGUUCCCAGCGUGUCCAUCAGCUUUGGGCUACAAGGACCUUGGACCCAGCUCCCCCCAAACUCAAGGCAUCCUAUGGAAGCGACCCACGGAAUUGUGUCCCAACCCUCAGUUUAUUGUUGAUGGAGCCACACGCACAGACAUCUGCCAAGGGGAUCUAGGUGACUGUUGGCUGCUGGCAGCCAUUGCCUCCCUCACCUUGAGUGAAAAGCUGCUUUACCGAGUGGUCCCCAGGGACCAGAGCUUCCAGAAGAACUAUGCAGGCAUUUUUCAUUUCCAGUUCUGGCAGUACGGAGAGUGGGUGGAGGUGGUCAUUGAUGACAGGCUCCCCACCAAGAAUGGACAACUGCUCUUUCUACACUCGGAAGAAGGCAGUGAAUUCUGGAGUGCUUUGCUGGAGAAAGCCUAUGCCAAGCUCAAUGGUUCCUAUGAGGCUCUUGCUGGAGGCUCCACGGUUGAGGGCUUUGAAGACUUCACAGGUGGCAUCUCUGAGUUUUAUGACUUGAGGAAGCCCCCGGGCAAUCUGUACCACAUCAUCCGGAAGGCCCUCCGUGCGGGAUCUCUGCUGGGCUGCUCCAUUGACGUCUCAAGCGCAGCCGAAGCAGAAGCCGUCACCUGGCAAAAGCUGGUUAAGGGUCACGCAUACUCUGUUACCGGAGUCGAGGAGUUGGAUUUCCGUGGCUGCCCAGAGAAGCUGAUCCGACUGAGGAACCCGUGGGGUGAAGUGGAGUGGUCGGGAGCCUGGAGUGAUGCUGCACCUGAGUGGAAUUACAUAGAUCCCAGGAAGAAGGAAGAACUGGACAAGAGAGCAGAGGAUGGAGAGUUCUGGAUGUCCUUCUCGGAUUUCUUGAAGCAGUUCUCUCGACUGGAGAUAUGCAACCUGUCCCCAGACUCUCUGAGCAGUGAAGAGGUCCACAAAUGGAACCUGGUGCUCUUCAACGGCCGCUGGACACGGGGCUCCACAGCCGGGGGCUGCCAGAACUACCCAGCCACUUACUGGACCAACCCCCAGUUCAAAAUCCAUUUGGAUGAUGUGGAUGAGGACCAGGAGGAGGGCACCAAUGAAUCCUGCUGUACGGUGCUGCUGGGUCUGAUGCAGAAGAAUCGCAGACGACAGAAGAGGAUCGGCCAGGGCAUGCUCAGCAUAGGCUACGCCAUCUACCAGAUUCCCAAGGAGCGGGAGAGUCACAUGGAUGCACACUUCGGCCGGGACUUCUUCCUGGGCCGCCAGCCCUCUGCUCACUCCAGCACCUACAUGAACCUGCGGGAAGUAUCUGGCCGGCUCCGACUGCCCCCAGGACAGUACCUGGUGGUACCAUCUACCUUUGAGCCCUUCAAGGAUGGCGACUUCUUCUUGAGGGUGUUCUCAGAGAAGAAGGCCAAGGCUCUGGAAAUGGGGGACGCUGUAGCUGGAAACCCACACGAGCCACUUCCACGUGACACGGAUGGAGAAGAUGAGCCUUUCCGGAGCCUGUUUGAGGAGUUUGCAGGCCAGGAUUCUGAGAUCAGUGCUAAUCAACUCAAGAGGGCCCUGAAUGGAAUGUUUUCUACACGAACAGACAUGAAAUUUGAUGGAUUCAACAUCAACACUUGCAGAGAAAUGAUCAGCCUGCUGGAUACGAAUGGUACCGGAAGCCUGGGACCUGAAGAGUUCAAGACACUCUGGCUGAAGAUUCGCAAGUAUCUGGAGAUCUACAAGGAAAUGGACCACAGCCAUGUAGGGACCAUUGAGGCCCAUGAAAUGAGGACAGCCCUCAAGAAAGCAGGUUUCACUCUCAACAACCAGGUGCAGCAGACUGUUGCCAUGAGGUAUGCAAGCAACAAGCUUGACAUUGACUUUGACGGCUUUGUGGCUUGUAUGAUCCGCCUGGAGACUCUGUUCAAACUGUUCAGGCUUUUGGACAAGGACCAGGAUGGCAUUGUCCAGCUCUCCCUGGCUGAGUGGCUGUGCUGUGUGCUGGUCUGACCUGCUGUUUCAGACGUCAACAACUUCCCUGCAUUCCGCUCGUCUCUUUGCAAUCUUAAGAACACGUAUACUCAAGUGACAUUUUCUGAUUGUUGUAUUGUUCCAGCUAAUCACUGUUCCUGAGACACUGGUCUGUCCCGACAGAGCGGGCUGGGGAGCCCCAGAUCUCUCAGCAGCACAGAGCUAUGAGCUAUUUGAGCUGAUCUCAGGGCCCGGUGGAAGGAAAUCAAUCAAUUAAAGUUGUGGGCCAGAA